AUAAAAGACACACAAAUUUCGUUUGGCAUACCAAGGAUUAAACUACUUGAAGAAUUGCACUGUUAAAAAGAAAUUGGCAAAAUGUUAAGUUAACAAACGAGCACUGUAACAGCAGUAGCAAAUACAAAAUAAAAUAAUUGAAAUAAACUAAAUAAUAAAUUGCCAAAAGAGCAUUAGAGUACUUAGUUGGCUACCAAUUAAUUGUAAAAUUUAAUAGAAAUAAACGUCCUCUAAAUGAAGUGCCACACAAUUUGUCGAGUCUCAUGCCAUGCGUCGUGCCCAUGCUAAAGAUAACAGAAGGUAGCCAAAGGUAUGUUGCAGUACGCGAUGGGCUGCAUCACCAGCACCAACAAGCUGAGCGAGCUGCGACAGGAGAAUGUCUUUCGAGUACGUGUUGCCCAUUUGCAGCCCAGUGGACCGGAGGCGCCAAUUGUGCGCAGCGGCUACUUGGAGUUGACACCACGUGAAUUGAUAUUCAUGUCGCCUGGCUGCGAGCCAAUUGUAUGGGCAUUGCAGCACUUGCGACGGUAUGGUCUGAAUGGAGAUCUGUUUUCCUUCGAGGCUGGACGCCGCUGCAUGUCCGGACCGGGCAUCUACACGUUUCGCAUACACAAUGCUGAGCAACUCUAUCCUAUGUUUCAAACAUAUAUCAAUGCGGUGAAUACAGAUGCCUUUGCCCAAGUGGAGCGGGAACGUGAACGGGAGCGCGUAAACUCCACGCAUUCCGUUUCUGUGCUGAUGGGGCGCAGCGAUGUGCAGCCACAUAGCAAUAAUUAUUUGGAGCCGGCUCCGAUUCUUGCACGAAGCGCUUUGCAGUCGCAGCAACACCACCACCCAACCGAUGCCAUCGCCGUGACCUCAGAUUCACCCGAUUCGCUGCCAAAUCUGCAACUUGUCAAUGCCGACCAGGUCAGCAAUGGAGCUCUGCAGUCGCCUAUCACCCCAGGCGCCUAUAUCAACACAAGUGCCAAUGUCUACUUCGAUCAGCCGAUGCAACGCUUGCUGCAGGAGCAGACCAGUUGCGGAUCCCCGCUCCAAGCCACGCCCACCUCUACGAAUAGUGCUCUCAGCACCAUGCGUAGGCAUCAGCAGCAGCAACAAAAUUUGGGCGAUAUGCCGCCCCAGGAAGCAGCGCCGGCUCUCGCUGAAUCGUUGCGUCUAUAUGCAAACGUGGAUCGUUUGCUUUUCGAUAGCGAACGUUGCUACGAGAACAUCAACCGGUUGGAUCUGCCCCUGCUGCCCCGUGACUCUUCGCAGCAUUCGGUUGUCUCUUCAUCGCAGCAACAGCCAUUGCAACAGCAGCAGCAGCCGCAGCCGCAGCCUGUUACCCCAACGAGUUUUCCAGGCGUCAACUACAUUGUGCUUGACUUGGAUCAGCCGCGGAGUCCUGCCCAGAGCUCCCCCAAACCACUAGCCAACGGCUUUGGCAGCGGGCUUUCCCUCUCGAACACAGCGCCCUUAACGCCGGAAGCAAGUAAAGUAUCCGAUGCGAUGACAUUGCCGCAGAACAGAAACUCCACGACUGGAGCAGCCGCGACACCAGCUACAGAACUUGUGGGCUCUCAAGGCUAUUCCACAAUUGAUUUUAUACGUACCUACGCUCUGAAUAAAUCCUCUACUGCAGCUAACCACGAUGGCGACUCUAGCGCCAAUGGCCAGCAUCAACAAGAUCAUGGACCAGAGGAAGGGGAGCUGCGCAGCACGCGGCACAGCAAAUGCAUGCGAAAGGCCUACUCAAUAAGCGAGUAGCUCAGUUAACCAGCUAAGGAGGAUGCUAAUCAACGAGUAAAAAGACCUACACAAUAGAUGAAUAGAAACGGAACAGCGAAUUACCAAAUUGAUAUGAAAUGAGUCAAGCGACAUUAAACCCAAUUAACCAAUAUCUGGCCAGACCAAUAGCGUCCCAAUUGAUGUGAGUAGAAAUCUAGGACAGACAGUCAGACAAAUAGCAUACUCAAUUUAGGAGCAGAAAACGUACGAGAGGAGAUGAUUAGAAAUGACAAGGAAACCAUGCGCGCAACUCUUUCAAAAAGGAAGCACAACGAAUUUACAAAA